UGUAACAGGGACGUAUACGCGUGGUGGCGUGGAAAACAAACAGCAGCUUAUUUAGCCGUUUAUUUUCCAUAACACAUGUGGUCAGUUUUGGAAAAUAAUAUUUUAUAAUAUUUGUAUUUAUAUUGGGUAAUUUUAAUUGGUUGCAUAUGCUUAUUCAUUUUAAUUAACCUGCAUCCGGAAGACGGAUAUAAUCUACAUUUUACGAGUGUCUUCAAUAUCAGUCUUUGACAUAGCCAAGAGAACUCAAGGAAAUACAGAAAGUACUGGUGGCAGCUAGCAAACGUAGCUAGCAUCGAGGUGUGGAAAGUGCGUGUGUGAACACUCAUCCGGCCUCAUCAGAAGCCGGGAGCUGGAGUUUGGGAGAACAGAAGUGUCGAUAUGGCGGUAAACUUGGACAAGGAAGCAUACUAUCGUCGAAUCAAGCGCUUAUAUGGCAACUGGAAGAAAGGAGAUGAUGAUUUUGGAAAGGUUGAUGCCAUCGUCGUCUCUGUUGGGGUUGACGAGGAGAUCGUCUAUGCCAAAUCGACUGCUUUACAAACAUGGCUCUUUGGUUACGAGCUAACAGACACCAUCAUGGUUUUCUGUGAGACAAAGAUUAUCUUUUUGGCCAGCAAAAAGAAACUCGAAUUCCUGAAACAGGUCCAGGUCACCAAGGGUAAUGAGAAUGCCAAUGGACUUCCUCCAAUCACACUGCUGGUCAGAGAGAAGAAUGAGAGCAACAAGGCCAACUUUGACAAAAUGAUUGAGGCCAUUCGUGGCAGUAAGGAGGGCAAGACUGUGGGUGUCUUCAGCAAGGACAAAUUCCCUGGCGAGUACAUGAAGAGUUGGAACGACACCAUCACAGCCGAGGGACUGGAGAAGGUUGACAUCAGUACUGUAGUGGCGUACACCAUGGCAGUGAAGGAGGAUGGCGAGUUGGCUCUGAUGAAGAAGGCAGCUGCGAUCACCAGUGAUGUCUUCUCCAAGUUCUUUAAGGAGCGCGUCAUGGAGAUCGUGGAUGCAGAUGAUAAAGUGCGUCACAGCAAGCUGGCGGAGUCUGUGGAGAAGGCGAUCGAAGAUAAGAAGUACCUUGGCGGUGUGGACCCCUCCACUGUAGAGAUGUGCUACCCGCCCAUCAUCCAGAGCGGAGGCAACUACAGUCUCAAGUUCAGCGUAGUUAGCGACAAGAACCACAUGCAUUUUGGGGCCAUCACCUGUGCCAUGGGCAUCCGUUACAAGUCGUACUGCUCCAACCUGGUGCGCACGCUCAUGGUGGACCCCACACAGGAGAUGCAGGAGAACUACAACUUCCUGCUGCAAGUGGAGGAGAACCUGCUCAAAGAGCUCAAACAUGGAGUGAAGCUGUGUGACGUCUACAAUACAGUGAUGGAGUUUGUCAAGAAAGAGAAGCCAGACCUAGUGAGCAAGCUCACCAAAAACCUGGGGUUUGCCAUGGGAAUUGAGUUUAGAGAAGGCUCUCUGGUCCUCAAUGCAAAGAACCAGUUCAAGCUGAAGAAAGGUAUGGUUCUCAGUGUGAGCCUGGGCUUUGCUGAUCUCAUCAAUAAGGAGGGCAAGAAGGAGGAGCAGAAGAAAUAUGCCCUUUUUGUUGGAGACAGUGUUCAGAUCAACGAGGAGGAUGCUGCUACUGUUCUUACUCCAGUGAAGAAGAAGAUAAAGAACAUCGGAAUCUUCCUCAAGGCUGACGAUGAGGAGGACGAGGAGGAAGACGUAGACGACGCCGAAGAACUUCUGGGCAAGGGCGCUCGUGCCAGCCUGCUUCCCGACAGGACCAGGGUACGUAAUGAGAUGACGGCAGAGGAGAAGAGGCGGGCUCACCAGCGGGAGCUGGCCGAGCAGGUCAACGAGGAGGCCAAGCGCCGUCUCACCGAGCAGAAGGGAGAGCAGCAGAUUCAGAAGGCCCGAAAGUCGAACGUAUCGUACAAGAACACGUCUCAGAUGCCGCGGGAGAAAGACAUCAGGGACAUGAAGAUCUUUAUCGACAAGAAGUACGAGACGGUGGUCAUGCCUGUUUUUGGCAUCGCAACGCCCUUUCACAUCGCCACCAUCAAGAACAUCAGUAUGUCCGUGGAGGGCGACUACACGUACCUGAGAAUAAACUUCUAUGUGCCAGGCAGCUCUCUCGGACGACAGGAGGGCAACAUCUUCCCCAACCCAGACGCCACCUUCGUCAAAGAGAUCACGUACCGCGCGUCCAACCUGAAGACCCCUGGCGACCCGUCGGUGCCCUCCACCAACUUGCAGAACGCCUUCCGCAUCAUCAAGGAGGUGCAGAAGCGCUACAAGACGCGCGAGGCCGAGGAGAAGGAGAAAGAGGGCAUCGUCAAACAGGACUCGCUGGUCAUCAACCUCAACCGCAGCAACCCCAAGCUCAAGGACCUCUACAUCCGGCCCAACAUCGCCCAGAAAAGGAUGCAGGGCUCGCUGGAGGCCCACACCAAUGGAUUCCGUUUUACAUCGGUACGUGGGGACAAAGUGGACAUCCUGUACAACAACAUCAAGCACGCAGUCUUCCAGCCCUGUGACGGAGAGAUGAUCAUUGUGUUGCACUUCCACCUAAAGAACGCCAUCAUGUUUGGCAAGAAGCGCCACACGGACGUGCAGUUCUACACGGAGGUGGGCGAGAUCACCACGGAUCUGGGCAAGCACCAGCACAUGCACGACCGCGACGACCUGUACGCCGAGCAGCUGGAGCGCGAGAUGCGCCACAAGCUCAAGUCCGCCUUCAAGAACUUCAUCGAGAAGGUGGAGGCGCUCACCAAGGAGGAGCUUGAGUUUGAGGUGCCCUUCCGAGACCUCGGGUUCCAAGGUGCCCCCUACAGAAGCACUUGUCUCCUGCAACCCACAUCGAGUUCCCUCUGCAACACUACUGAGUGGCCUCCAUUUGUGGUCACUCUGGAUGAGGUGGAGCUUGUGCACUUUGAGCGUGUGCAGUUCCACUUGAAGAACUUUGACGUGGUCAUCGUGUACAAGGACUACACCAAGAAGGUUACCAUGAUCAACGCCGUCCCAGUCAACUCGCUGGACCCCAUUAAGGAGUGGCUCAACUCUUGUGACAUUAAAUACACAGAGGGGGUGCAGUCUCUCAACUGGACGAAGAUCAUGAAGACCAUUGUGGACGACCCGGAGGGCUUCUUUGAACAGGGUGGCUGGUCUUUCCUGGAGCCUGAAAGCGAGGGUAGUGGAGCGGAGGACGACUCUGAGUCCGAGAUGGAGGAUGAGACCUUCAACCCCUCCGCUGACGAAGAGGAGGAAGAGGAAGAGGACAGUGAUGAAGAUUACUCCUCCGAGACUGAGGACUCAGGUAAAAAUCAAAUCACAAAUACACCCACACCCUCAAGUCGUGCUUUCUUUCUUUUCCAGCUGCCUAGCUCUAAGGUAGCGCUGAAAAUACAUUGGCUGAAAAACAACCCUGGGAUUGUGUGUAUAUACUCUACUUUAAUGACUACAGCGCGUCUCUGGGCAGUGAGGAGGAGAGUGGCAAGGACUGGGACGAGCUGGAGGAAGAGGCCAGGAAAGCGGACAAAGAGAGUGUCUAUGAGGACGAGGAAACCGCCAACAGAGGCAAGAGGAAGGGUCGAUCGUCAGCUCCUCCACCUAGGCCACCUAGCAAGAAACGACGGCACUAGAUCUUUCUCUCUCACACACACACACACACACACACACACACACACACACACACACACACACACACACACACACACACACACACGAAAACACACUGCCAAAUUUCAGCCCCCUCCCUGUACAGGCACACUGAGACACAUUGUGUACAUAGCUAUGGGCGCCCCCCUGUGGCAGACGGUUGCAUUACUCAAUACUGAUUUUUGUAACUGCUGCUGGUCCAAGAUUCUGGUCAUCUCUUGUCUCCUCUCUCUUCAUUCCUUCAGAUCAUCUCUCAGGUGUGUGUGUGUAAGUAAGAGAGUGUGUGUGUGUGCGUGCAUGAGUGUAUCAAACAGGGUUUUAUCAAGAACUUUGUCCCAGGUGGCUCUUUUUUUCUAAACCAGUAGGACUAGAAUUAUUUCUCUUCUUUAUUUUUUCAUGUGUUUUUUUUUUUUUUUUUUUUUUUUUUUUUUUUUUUUUUUUUUUUCUGCCAACAAUUUUAUGAGGUGUAGUAAGCGUCCUGUCUGCAGCACUCCCGCCUGGCGCCCUCUUGCCCUGCUAGUGGUUGAGAGUGGAGCAUUGUGGAUGUGGAGUGGGGAGAGAGGGGGUCCACUAUGUGUUGAUCAGGUUUGUUAUUGUUUGUUUUUGUAAUGGGGGAGAGGAGUUGGGGCGAGGAUAUUAAACACUCACAUACAUGCGGAUCAGACACACACACACACACACACACACACACACACACACACGCUCACAUUCAAUAUAAACACUUUUCCCCAUCUUUUUGUGUCUCAUUCUGGAGUGUUAGACUCAUAUGUUUAAUUAAAAGGAGAACUUUUUUUUCUGUUUUGAUUUUUUAAGAAAAAAAUAAAUACAAUUUAAAGGAA